AUGGCCGGCUGGUGGCUUGUGUUGCUUUGGGUGUUGACACCGCUGGUUAGGGCUCGUGUCAUCGACCUUGCCCAGCGAUCAGUCCUGUCAGAUCUGUCCGGUGGGUUCUGUCGCAGUUACAGAUUUGGCGCGGAUAUUGCCAACAAUGUGUUGUACAUGGUUGGACUGGAUGGAGGACUGGUUCCAGAUGAUGGCGAUGCUUCGAAUAACUAUCUCGUGACUCUCGAUCUCACAUCCUCGUUAUCCACGUCCGAAGGGAAGAACUAUAAGAUGACAAAAAUAGACACCGAUGUCCCCAAAGUCAAAGACAUGGCACUCUGGUCCAAAGCAGACAACACAACCCUCUACCAAUACGGAGGCCGAUUCUUGGAGAAUAUCACCAACGAGAACACCAUUUGGACUUAUACUGUGGGGGACAAGAAGUGGGACAAGCAGGAUGGCACCAUUCAACCAACUAGACUGGAGUACGGUGUCUACACCAACGCGCCGCAGAUUCAAGCAGGGUAUUGGAUUGGUGGCUAUCGAGCUAGCGGCACAACUACCACCAUUACCGAUUCAACAAAGGAAUACGCCACAGGUCUCAUCCAACUGAAUACCACAACAGGUAUCUACACAUCUCUAGAUGGACCGUAUGAAGCUGUCGAGGAAGGCUCCCUUUCGUAUGUGCCAGUUGGCGACAUGGGUAUUUUGGUUUAUAUCGGUGGUGAUGUCCCCUCCAUCAAGGACGGUAUCAACGCCACCAUGACAUCGAAUUCAUGGAAUCAUGUUCAAGUCUACGACAUCGCCGGAGCCAAAUGGUACAACCAGUCAACAACAGGAACAGUGACGUCUCGAACGCAAUUCUGCGCUUCAGUGCAGCACGAUGAUUCGUCGUCUUCUUAUCAGAUCUAUGUGAUAGGAGGCGCGGACUUAAAAUCACAGGACACAAUCUUAGAUGUGAAUUACCUGUCCAUCCCGUCCUUCAAAUGGUACUCCGCUGCUCCUCUUGAUGAAGCCCGCAUGACUCUCACUUGCGUUUCAUAUGGGCGUCAGAUCUUCGGAAUUGGUGGAAGAAAGGCCUGGGCAGAUGAUAGUGCGGCAGGCUGCUACGAUGCGCCCGCCUUCAUCUACGACGCGCAGUCCGAGGUGUCGCGAUCCUCUUUCAAUCCGGGUUUAUCUUUAUUCUCCCUCGCCUCAGCAACAGCGAAAGAUAUCGAAGCAUCACCGACUCCUUCUAGCUGGGCUUCAUCGGAGCUGCGGUCAAUUUUUGAGACAAACAAUACAACGACAAACUCCACUGGCAGCGGUAACUCGUCUCCGUCCAAUAACACUAACGAUGGAGGGUCUGGAUCGACGAACACCGGUGCCAUCGCAGGUGGAGUCGUUGGUGGAGUAGCAGGGCUAGCCUUGAUAGGAGGACUUGCGUGGUUCUUCUUAAGGCGCAGGAAGCAAACGGCAGAAGAAGGAGACGGAGCUGGAAUAGAGCCACAACGAUACCAGCCGGUUCAGGAGCUUCCUUCCGGGGCAAGAGAUGGGCGCUCCGAGUUGGGUUCCGAUACCUACAUGCAUGCUGAAUUGCCUGCACACCAGAAGGCACCAUUAUCCGAGCUUGAUUCCGGACACAGCAGUUAG